AUGUCUUCAAGCAAAGAUUUCAGUUUGAGUUCCUCAAUGGAUACCGAAAGGGAGGCCUGUGGUCGUCAGCACCAGUCAGUGAACCAGAUUAUGGCUCUUCAGUCUCCCAGCAGCCUGAGACUCCCCCUGCGUUUCCCUCCUGAUGCUUUCGCUGCGCUGCGUCUCCCAGCCCACGAGAUACUCCAUGGCAGAAACCGCGCAGCUGUUUGCAAAGCAAACGGCUGGGGAUUCAAGGACACAUAUAUAUACUUUAUUGACAAGGUUACACUGACAAUAACGGGCAAUAGGUACCCCUUGUGUGGCCAUAGGCUGCAACACUGGCAGGAGUUUACAAACUCUAUAGAGGGUCUGGAUCUAGAGAAGAAAUCACUUCCGAAAGAGGAAAUCGUCAUAAGCCCUCAAAGGCUCGUCAAGAAAGAGUUCUUAGACGACCUUCUGUCCAAGGCUCCUGGUGUAGAAGUGUCAGAAGAGGGAUUGGAGAGGCUCUAUCAUGGGCAUGGGCAUACGUGCGCAGAGAUAUUUGCACUGAGACACGGACAACUCGAGCGCCUUCCAGAUGUGGUGCUGUUCCCCAAAUGCCACGAGGACGUUGAAGCCAUCGUUGCGUGCGCAGUUCUACACGGAGUAUGCUUGAUUCCAUUUGGGGGUGGGACUUCUGUUACACUGGGACUUGCAGUCCCUGAAGACGAGGAGCGGAUGGUAGCAACAGUAUCUCUAAGUUAUAUGCAAAGAAUACUUUCCCUAGAUAGAGAAGCUCUCCUCUUGACUGUAGAGGCAGGAGCUGUGGGAGCUGUACUAGAAGAACAACUGCGCCACCUAGGGGUCACUCUAGGCCAUGAGCCCGACAGCCUGGAGUUUAGCACCGUGGGUGGAUGGGUUGCCACCAGGGCAUCAGGGAUGAAAAAGAACGCGUAUGGAAACAUAGAGGACUUGCUUAUUGAUGCAGUGGUGGUUACACCACAGGGAACCUUAAACCAGCGUCUUGCUGCACCCCGCGUGUCCAGUGGCCCAUCUGUCCAGCAACUAGUGCUUGGCAGCGAAGGCACAUUAGGGAUUAUUACGCAGGUCGUUCUGAAGGUUAAACUGCUUCCAGAGAAAAAAGUCUACGGCUGCCUGGUCUUCCCCAGUUUCGAGAUUGGUGUCGCUUUUAUGAGACAUGUGGCGCUCAACAGGUUGCAACCAGCGAGCAUCCGCCUUAUGGACAAGAGACAAACGCAAUGUGGCGCUCUUUUUAGAACUGUCCCCCCUGGCGGCCUGGGUGUUAGAGAUGCGGUGGCAGACGGCGUGAAAAGGUUUUACCUUAACAAAGUAAAGGGCUGGCGGGAAGAAGACCUGUGUGCAUGCACUCUUCUGUUCGAGGGUUCUGCUGAAGAAGUAACUUGCCAGCAGAGAAACCUUUACAAGGCUGCAAAAGUGUUUGGGGCCCUUCCAGCCGGUGGUAAAAACGGGCAACGCGGAUAUCAGAUGACGUUUCUGAUUGCUUACGUUCGGGACUUUGUUAUGGACCACUUUUGGGUUUUCGAGUCCUUCGAAGCUUCUCUGGCGUGGCCUUUGGUCCUCAAAUGCCGAAAUUCGGUGCACAAUUAUAUCACGAAGGAAUGCAAGAACAAGGGCAUUCGAUAUCCUCCUCUCAUCAUGACCAGGCUCACUCAGGUCUACGACGCGGGGGCUGUUCUGUACUUUUACUUUGGAUUCAACUGGGCAGGCAUAGAAAACCCCAUGGAGGUCUAUAAACAUAUCGAAGACGGCGCACGCAGAGUUAUCAUGAAUCUUGGCGGCAGUAUUUCGCACCACCACGGCGUUGGGAAAUUGCGCCGGGAAUUCAUGGCAAAUGCGAUAGGGGAAACAAGUAUGGCCGUCUUGCGCGGUGUGAAGGCUUGUGUGGACCCGCAGAACAUCUUUGGAUGCAAAAAUCUGCUGGAUGCUUGA